UAUAGACAAUUGAUAAUUACGCGUAAUAUUAAUUAUCAUAAUAUAACAAACAUCUAGUUUAAUACGUAUACAUAACAGCAUUUAUCGAUUACCAGUAAUACUAUUAUGGCAAAGAAAUAAUAAUUUAUAUUAACUAUUGGAUUAAACAGGUUGGGUUAGACUACUCAAGUAGAUAUUUUGUGCAAUGUUUUGUAUAUUUUUUUUUUUUUUGUUUUUACUAAACAUAUUAAAAUUAAGUCCAAACGAGCAACAUCCGUGUAUAGAUUACGUCAUGCCUGAUCAAAGAUGGCUGUUUAAUAUGUACGUCUAGCCGAAGCGACGGAUUUUACAUAUUGUAGGUGAACACGAAGGUAGACAACAGGAUGAAAGGGAAAAAUUCUGAUUUGCAAUGGAAAUUACCACGAUCUGUCUUAUUGAGCUCUCAGUCAGCUGAUCCUGGUAGUGUGGCUAUUUGGUAUAAAAGGAAAAUCUAAACGUGACACAACAAUUGUCGAGCGCAAGAGCUCCGCACACACAUCUAAUAGCCACACUAACAACACAUACACACACAUUUGAGGCUUGAGCUGUGCGAUUUCCGACGAUUAAAAAAAAAAAAAAAAUUAAUUUUAAUUAAACAAACAGAAAAAAUUCUAAUAGUAUUUUAAAUAUAAAUAAUAAUAAUUAUUAUAAUGGAGUUUGUAUUCAGUUCUUUAACUUAUUUGUUGCUUUUCGUGUUAACUGCGGUAUUAUUGUUCCUGAUUCGAGACGAAUUGAAAACGAAACAAGUGGACCACAAUGCAGGUCUCGUCGAUCCACCCGCACCCAAGGCGUGGCCGAUAAUUGGCCAUUUAUACCUGAUGGCAAGAUAUAAGGUACCGUAUCGAGUGUUCGAUGAGAUUAUGGCCGAUUUGGGAUCCGUUUUCCGCUUGGACUUGGGAUCAGUACCGUGUGUUGUCAUUAAUGGAUUAAACAACAUUCGUGAGGUGUUAAUGAUAAAAGGUGACCAUUUCGACAGCCGUCCUUCAUUCCGCCGGUUCAACCAAUUGUUCAAAGGCGAUAAAAACAACUCUCUGGCGUUUUGCGACUGGUCUCAGCUACAAAAAACCCGACGAGAGCUACUUAGAGCUCAUACUUUUCCAAACACCACGUCCAAUAUGUACACCCGAUUGGACAAGUGUUUAAAAACUGAACUGGCCGAUUUAACAGAUACAAUAGAUACUAUGGACGACACCGGAUGUGUAGACAUAAAAAACAUGUUGCUCCAUACUUGCGCCAAUGUGUUCAUGUCAUACUUUUGUUCCACCCGAUUUUCCAGAUCUUACGAAAAGUUCAGGGAGUUUAUCCGAAAUUUUGACGAUGUGUUUUACGAGGUGAACCAAGGAGCUCCCUGUGACUUUCUACCCAGUUUGAUGCCGUUGUACCACUGGCAUUUCAAAAAAAUUAGAACAUGGAGUUCAAAUAUUCGCAAUUUCAUGGAAACCGAAAUAUUCAACAAGAGAAAAGCUGCAUGGGUGCCCGGCACCAAGCCGGUGGAUUUCGUAGACAACUUGCUUGAUGCCGUCACACAACCUGAUCGGGAUGACGGAUUCGACAUAAACAUCGGGCUCUUUUCGCUAGAGGACAUUAUUGGUGGUCAUUCAGCCAUCACGAACUUUAUCGUUAAGACAUUGGGAUUUCUAGUGGAUAGACCGGACGUGCAGCGGCGCAUACAAGAGGAAGCGGAUGCCGUGGUUCGGGCUUCCGGGUCUGUUGGGCUUUCCGAUCGAUCUCAGAUGCCAUACACCGAGGCUGUUGUUUACGAAUCUCUACGGCUAAUUGCCUCGCCCAUCGUACCACAUUUGGCCAACAGAGACACGUCGAUCAAUGGCGUGCGGAUUCUGAAAGGUACGACAGUGUUCUUGAACAAUUACAGUCUACACAUGAGCCCAGAACUGUGGAAUAACCCCGAGCACUUCAGCCCCGAGAGAUUCAUAAAUGCGGAAGGGAGGUUAGAGAAGCCGGAAUAUUUCAUACCGUUCAGUGGUGGAAAACGGUCGUGCAUGGGAUACAAGUUGGUGCAGCUAUUGUCGUUCUGCACUAUUGGAACGCUGCUGAACAAGUACUCGCUGCUUCCGGUAGAAGAUGUAUCGUAUGCCGUGCCAAAAGGGAAUCUAGCAUUGCCGUUCGUUACUUUUCCCUUCCGUCUCAGAGCUAGGGAUUUCCGGAAACAGUGACUCCAAGUCUGUCUGAAAUGCAGAUGAUCCUGCAGUGGAUACGAAAAUGACACGCGUUUAGUGGCACAGAUUACGCUUUUGUAUGUGUGUGUGUGUGUAUGUGUGUGUGUAUGUGUGUGUAUGUGUAAGUGUGUGCACGCGCUUUUAUAUGUGUGAUAAUGUGUGUGUAUGUGUGACAAUUAUUUGAUGAGUCUUGCGUAACUUUAGGCCCACUCCAAUUAUGUGUUAGGAGUGUGAGGUUUUGCAGUUACGUGAGUCGACAACGUGUAAUAGCUAUAGCUCGUCCAUUCGUGUAUAGUAAUAGUGAUUACUGAUUAAUUUAUAGACCGGAAAAUGUUACCAAGAUAGUUUCAAAAUAAAUUAUUUAUGUUGAUUAUUUUAUUUAUUUAUUAUUUGUUUUUACAUCAGUACGAUUUAGUAAA